AUGAUGCAACAUUGCAAACAAGUUUUAAGAAAAAUAAAUUCAAGGAGUAAGAUAAAUUUUGGAAAUAGGCAAAGAUUUAUAAACACUAGCAAUGUUAAUUUAAAAAUCGUUAAAUGUAAAUUGUUUGAUAUUGGAGAAGGAAUAUCCGAAGUUGAAAUAACACAAUGGAAUAAACAAAUAGGAGAUGAAGUUUCUGAAAUGGAAAGUUUAUUAACUGUCCAAAGUGAUAAAGCUGCUGUAGAUAUAACCAGCAAAUAUAAUGGAAUUCUUGUUAAAAAAUAUGCUAAUGAUAAAGAUAUUAUAAAAAUUGGUUCUUACUUUUGUGAGAUAGAUACACAGGAUGAAGUGGGCGAAGAAGAGGGUGAGGCAGAAACGGGCGAAGCACAAACGGGCGAAGCACAAACGGGCGAAGCACAAAAUGGGGAAGAAAAAGGCGAAGAAAAAGGCGAAGAAAAAAGCGGAGGGUUUUGUUUUGAAAAAAAGGAAAAAGGAAUAAAUGUUAAGGCAUCUCCAGGUACGAAAAAAAAAGCACAAGAAUAUAAAUUAGAUAUUAAUAUGAUUGCAAAACAUUUUAAUAAAAAUAAUAUAACAGUUGAAGAUGUUGAAUUGUAUUAUAAAGAAAAUCAAAAUGAUGAAAUAAACAAAAAUGUAAAUGAAAAAAUGGAUAUUUUAGAACAGGUACAAAUAAAAGGAAUUAAACUUGGGAUGUGUAAAAGUAUGAAUGAAUCUUUAAGUAUUCCUUUAUUUCAUUUAAAUGAAAUAUAUAAUGUUGAAAAGAUUAUUAAAAUAAGAAAAGAAAUAAAAAAUAAAAUAAUAGAAAAUGAUAUUGGUAUAAAUAAUAUAACAAUUUCUAGUAUAUUAAUAAAAUUAAUAUCAAACACUUUAAAAGAAUUUCCAAUUCUAAAUUCAAAAUUUAAUGCAAAAACAAAUAGUUAUGUAGUAUAUAAUAAUCAUAAUAUAUGUGUAGCUAUGGAUACACCUCAUGGUUUAUUAGUACCAAAUAUAAAAAAUGUAGAAAAAAAAAAUAUAAUAGAUAUACAAAAAGAUUUGUUAAAUUUACGUAAUAAAGCUAUGGAAAUGAAAUUAUCUAAAGAUGAAAUCGAAAAUGGAACAAUAACAAUAAGUAAUUAUGGAGCUAUUGGUGGAACAUUCGCUACUCCUAUUAUAUUUGAUAAUCAAGGUUGUAUAAUUGGUAUAUCAAAGAUUCAAAAUAUGAUUUCUUUAAAAAAUGGAAUUAAUAAAAUUAGCUCAUUGGAUGAUCUUGAGAUUGCCAAUAAUAUGAACUUGACAUAUGGAGCAGAUCAUAGAUAUAUAGAUGGUGCAACUUUAGCUCAAUUUUCAAAAAAACUAAAAAAUAUAAUUGAGAAUAUUGAUGCAAUUGACCCGUUUUCAAUUUAA